AUGUCUACUUUCAAGGGAGAAAAUGUGAGAUUUGAUUGUUCCAAGACAGAGUACGGUUGUUGUAGCGAUGAUGAAACACCUGCUAGAGGACAGAAUCAGGAGGGUUGUCCUGGUGGCAGUGAGCUGGAGGUAGAAAAUAUCUGUGGAGAUUAUGGCUGCUGUGAAGAUGGAGUUUCCCUAGCAACAGGUCCCAAUGGUCAAGGAUGUCCAGAGCAUUACCGUGGUGAUGGUUGUUUGGAAAGUAAUUAUGGUUGUUGUUCCGAUGGCAAAACUGAAGCUCGAGGACCAAACGGACAAGGUUGCCCUGGUUACCAAACUUACUUUGAUGCUGCUUCAUGUGGUCUAGAGAAGGACAGGGGUACUUGUGGUAAUUUCACUAUCAGAUAUCAUUAUAAUGGUCGAACCAACGCUUGUGAACAGUUCUGGUAUGGUGGUUGUGAUGGCAACGAGAAUCGGUUUGAAACUAUAGAGAAAUGCCAGAGACAUUGUGUUAAUGUGAAAGAAGAAGAUAUUUGUAAACUGCCAUCAUCAACUGGUCCAUGUAGAGCAAGUCAUCAGCGAUAUUUCUAUGAUUAUAAUUCCAAAUCUUGUCGAAGAUUUACCUAUGGUGGUUGCCGUGGAAACAAGAAUAGAUUCCGAAAUCUAGCAGAUUGUGAGAGAAAGUGUUCUUCCAAUAAUUACAUAGACUUGGAUUCUGACAAUUUAAAUGAAGUGAGAGUAACAAGCCUUUGUAAGAAUUCUGUUUAUGGUUGUUGCCAUGAUGGUGUAACACCAGCUGAAGGACCUAACAAAGAAGGUUGCAAGAGUUGUCAUGAUUCCAAAUAUGGAUGUUGUGAUGAUUUGGUUACCAAAGCUCAAGGAGAGAAUAAAGAAGGUUGUGAUGAUUUUGAAUCAUCAGGUGAAGAGGAACUGUGUGCAGAUACAGAGUUUGGUUGUUGUAAAGAUGGAGUAACAGCUGCCUCUGGGAAGAAUAUGUUAGGAUGUCUUGAUUACAUUCCUGAUGGUGGAGAAACCAGGGUUGAUAGAGUGAAUCCUUGUGACCUGGAACAAGAUAGAGGUAUAAACUGUAAAUUUAUUAUAAAGUGGUUCUAUGACAAGAAGAACAAGAUUUGUAACCGGUUCUGGUAUGCAGGUUGUGGUGGUAAUGAGAACCGGUUUGAUACUAAAGAGGAAUGUCAAAGUGUCUGUAUGGCAACACUAGUACCAGUCAUUACAACACAGGCACCUGUUGUCAGUAGAGAUCCAUGUCGAGAACCCAAAUAUACUGGUCCAUGCCGAGCGUUGAUUGACCGAUAUUAUUAUGACUACCGCUCAGGAGAAUGUAAACUAUUCCAAUAUGGCGGCUGUCAAGCUAAUGGUAAUAAUUUUAUAUUAAAAUCUGACUGUGAAGAACGAUGCAUGGGAAUGGUUGUUACCACAGUACCAACAACAACACAACCAACAACACCCUACUGGUUACGACCAGGUUACUAUACUACGUCUGCUCCUGUUGAUCUUCCAGACUCUGAACCUUCAGUGACAUUAAACGGAGCUCAAAAUGUCCAGAUAGGACGACCAUUAGAUCUACGUUGCCAGGCUACUGGAACUUCUCGUGUAAUCUGGUAUAAGAACAGUGUACCAAUCAGAGACACCAGAUCAAUAUUCAACAAGAGAACCCCUGAUGGACGUGGUAUCAUCAGUGAUUUGACAAUUGCUUCUGCUCAGUUAGAUGAUUCUGGAACUUAUAUUUGUCGUGGUUACCCUCAUGGCAAACUUCAGUCACAUAGAGUUCAGGUUUCAGAAACAGUGGUUGAAAAAGUCACCAAACCUCCAAAGAACGAAAGUGUAUUAACUGUUACUACCACAGACCCUAGAGUGGUGUGUGCUCAACCAUCUGAAACAGGAAAUUGUUAUGCUCUCUUCACAAGAUAUUAUUUUGACCAUCUGGAUGGAACCUGUAAAACAUUUACAUAUGGUGGCUGUGGGGCUAAUAGUAAUAACUUUGAAACAAAAGCUGAUUGUGAAAACUACUGUAGACCAGAAUUAAUUUGCAGGUUAUCUGCUAAAAGAGGAAUCUGCCGUGCCAAUAUUCCAAGAUUUUUCUAUGAUGUUAGCCUUGGCAGAUGUCGAUCUUUUGCUUAUGGAGGUUGUCAAGGCAAUCCGAAUAAUUUCGAAACAGAAGAUGCUUGUAAUAGAUUCUGUCGUCGACAAGACACAACAGUUACUGACAGGACAAGUGAUGUUUGUAAAUUAUCUCGACAAGGCGGUGAUUGUGAAGGUUAUAAUAUUAAAUGGUAUUUUGAAGAAUCUAUUGGACGCUGUACAAGGUUUAUCUAUACAGGAUGUAAUGGCAAUGGAAAUCGUUUUGACAGCGAGGAAGAAUGCUCUGAUAUAUGUGUGCGACGACAAACAGUUGCCCCAGCAACAGAAGCUCCUUACACACAAGCUCCUUACACCCAAAGACCUUAUGUAUCAAAUAUUUGCUCCUUAUCCAAUGAUCGAGGGCGAAUGUGUGGUAAUUGGACCAUACACUGGUAUUACAAUGCUGAAAGUAGGCGUUGUCAAAGAUUUUAUUAUGGUGGUUGUGAUGGCAACAGAAAUAGAUUUGAUUCUCAAGUCGAAUGUCGUAGUCGCUGUGCUUAUAAUCAAAUUGAUAGACGGCCUCAAGUUACACCUGCAUCGACCACACCCGCAGUAGUAUCAGGAUCAGAUGACUGUUCAUUGGACAGUAGCCCAGGCAGUCUGUGUUCUAAUUGGACGAUAUAUUGGGCUUUUAAUUCUACAAGUCGAAGAUGUCAGAGAUUUUAUUAUGGUGGUUGUGAUGGAAACGGAAAUCGUUUUGAGACUCAGUAUGAUUGCCGUCUUAAAUGUUCUUAUUCUCGUAGACAAGACUACCGUCCCAGACAAACAACUGAUGGUACUUAUAAUAUAGUAGACUCAGAAACAACUACAGUCAAGCCUGAGGAAGUUCCAAGUUCGUCUGUUUCUCCCGAUACAAAUUUGACUGUUACUGGAAAUGAAACAACACAAGAGAAUAUUACGUUAUUCUUUCCUAACUUUUCAAAUGAGACUUACUAUGAGACACAGAUAUUUAAUGAUUCGGCAGUGCCAGAGCAUGAUUAUGUUGUUGAUACACCAGGGUAUUGUGUUUACUACCCUGAUAGUGGGCUUCUAUGUUACGACAAAUGGGAGAUCUAUUGGUAUUACGAUACAGAAGUUCAUGCUUGUCGCAGAUUCUUGUUCGGUGGUUGUGAUGGCAACCAAAAUAAGUUUUUGUACCCAGAAGAUUGUCACUCUAUGUGUCAUAAAUAUAGAUCCAAUACAACUGAAGAAGGUACAACAGAAAUUAUGGAAACAACAACCCAAAUCAGAACAUCAACAGAAUAUGAGAAGGUUGCAGCAGAGAGUGAGAUAGAUUGUUCGCUUCUACAAGAUAGUGGAAGAUUAUGUGGUAAUUGGACUAUUAAAUGGUAUUUUAACGUUAAAAGUCGUCAAUGUCAAAGAUUUUACUAUGGGGGCUGUGAUGGUAACACAAAUAGGUUUGAAACUCGCAGGAAUUGCCGUGAGGUCUGUUAUCGUCAGCAACGUCAAAUUACCUCAGGUGUAACGGAUACCAGGCAACCUACAAGAGAAAUUCCUAUACAAACUAGCACAUCUUCAUCAGAAUCUGGUGACAUAGGGGACGAGGACAGGAGAGUUGGUGGAAGAGAUAGACAAGGUCAAGGUUGGAGUGUAGACAGAGUCACCAAGACUGGUACCAGUCAAUCAACAGAUGACUGUUCAUUAGACAGUAGCCCUGGAAGGUUGUGUUCUAAUUGGACGAUAUAUUGGGCUUUUAAUUCUACAAGUCGAAGAUGUCAGAGAUUUUAUUAUGGUGGUUGUGAUGGAAACGGAAAUCGUUUUGAGACUCAGUAUGAUUGUCGUCUUAAAUGUUCUUAUUCUCGUAGACAAGGAUAUACCAGAACUAGAACUGAUCAAGGAAGAGGUUAUCAAGGUCAAGGUCAAACUGGAACAGGUCGUGUCCAAACUGAAACAGGUCAAGGUUAUACCCAAACAGGUCAAGGCCAAUCUGGAACAGGACAAGGUCAAAUUGGAACAGGUCAAGGUCAAUCUGGAACAGGUCAAGGUCAAACUGAAACAGGACAAGGUCAAACUGGAACAGGACAAGGCCAAUCUGGAACAGGUCAAGGUCAAACUCGAACAGGUCAAGGUCAAACUGGAACAGGACAAGGCCAAUCUGGAACAGGUCAAGUGGGAAGAAAAAUAUCACACAGUGGAAGUGGAACUGUAGCAGAUGUCUGUUCAUUGGACAGUAACCCUGGAAGGCUGUGUUCUAAUUGGACGAUAUAUUGGGCUUUUAAUUCUACAAGUCGAAGAUGUCAGAGAUUUUAUUAUGGUGGUUGUGAUGGAAACGGAAAUCGUUUUGAGAAUCAAGCAGAAUGUCGCUUAAAAUGUUUCUAUUCUCGUACUCCAGGAAGUUACACUUCAUCAGAACGUGGAGUAUACGAAAGGGACCAAGGUCAAUCUGCUCAGGGUCAAGGUCAUUCAAAGUCCGGUCAAGGUCAAACUGGAAUGGAUCAUAGCCAUGGUGAAGCAAAAACAGACCGUAGCCAUGGUGAAUCAAAUACAAAUCAUAGCCAUGGUGGAUCUGAAAUGGAUCAUAGCCUCACUAAAUCAAAAACAAACCCUAGCCAUGGAACAUCAGAAGUAGAUCAUAGCCAUAAUUUUCUAGAUGUCUGUUCAUUGGACAGCGACCCUGGAAGGCUGUGUUCUAAUUGGACGAUAUAUUGGGCUUUUAAUUCUACAAGUCGAAGAUGUCAGAGAUUUUAUUAUGGUGGUUGUGAUGGAAACGGAAAUCGUUUUGAGAAUCAAGCAGAAUGUCGCUUAAAAUGUUUCUAUUCUCGUACUCCAGGAAGUUACACUACAGGGCGUGGAGUGUCUGGAAGGGACCAAGGUCAAUCUGGAGCAGGUCAAGGUCAAUCUGGAGUCAAUCAAAGACAUGGUGAAGCAAAAGCAAAUCAUACCCAUGGCACAUCUGGAAUGGAUCAUAGCCAUAGUGGAUCGGAAAUGGAUGUUAGCCAUAGCGAUUCAAAAACAAAUCACAGCCAUGGUGGAUUAGAUAUGGAUCAUAGUCAUGAUGGAUCUAAAAUGGAUAAUAGCCAUGGUGAUUCAAAAACAAAUCAUAGCCACGGUGAAUCCGACAUGGAUCAUAGCCAUGGAGAUUCCAAAACAAACCAUAGCCAUGGAACAUCUGGAAUCGAUAAUAUCCAUGGUGAUUCAAAUACAAAUCAUAGCCAUGGACAAGCAGAAGCAGUUCAAGGAAAAGAUGGUAUUGGUCAAGUGCAAAAUGAAACAGUCCAAGGUGAAUCAACAACUAGUCAAGGUCAUGGUCAUUCUGGAACUGGUCAAAGUCAUUCAGGAUCUGGAACUGGUCAAAGUCAUUCAGGAUCUGGAACUGGUCUAAGACAUUCAGGAUCUGGAACUGGCCAAAGUCAUUCAGGAUCUGGAACUGGUCAAAGUCAUUCAGGAUCUGGAACUGGACUAAGUCAUUCAGGAUCUGGAACUGGACUAAGUCAUUCAGGAUCGGGAACUGGACUAAGUCAUUCAGGUUCUGGAACUGGUCUAAGUCAUUCAGGAUCUGGAACUGGCCAAAGUCAUUCAGGAUCUGGAACUGGACUAAGUCAUUCGGGAUCUGGAACUGGCAAAAGUCAUUCAGGAACUGGACUAAGUCAUUCAGGAUCUGGAACUGGACUAAGUCAUUCAGAAUCUGGAACUGGCCAAAGUCAUUCAGGAUCUGGAACUGGCCAAAGUCAUUCAGGAUCUGGAACUGGUCUAAGUCAUUCAGGAACUGGAACUGGACUAAGUCAUUCGGGAUCUGGAACUGGCCAAAGUCAUUCAGGAUCUGGAACUGGCCAAAGUCAUUCAGGAACUGGAACUGGACUAAGUCAUUCAGGAUCUGGAACUGGACUAAGUCAUUCAGGAUCUGGAACUGGACUAAGUCAUUCAGGAUCUGGAACUGGUCUAAGUCAUUCAGGAUCUGAAACCCAUCACUCUCAUUCCAGUCAAGGUCAUUCCAUCUCAAGUCAAGGUUAUUCUGGAGCUGUUCAAGAUGACUGUUCAUUGGACAGUAACCCUGGUAGGUUGUGUUCUAAUUGGACGAUAUAUUGGGCUUUUAAUUCUACAAGUCGAAGAUGUCAGAGAUUUUAUUAUGGUGGUUGUGAUGGAAACGGAAAUCGUUUUGAGAAGCAAGCAGAAUGUCGCUUAAAAUGUUUCUAUUCUCGUACUCAAGUUACCAGUGCUCCAGCAACAAGGUCUCCAGUAACGCGAGCUCCUGUGACACGUCCUCCAGUAACCCGUGCCCCACCAGUCACAAGAGCACCUUUUUCAGGAGAUAUAUGUUCAAUGAAGGAAGAAAGUGGGCGACUAUGUAGUAAUUGGACCAUACACUGGUAUUAUAACUCAGAAACCAGGCUUUGUCAAAGAUUUUAUUAUGGUGGUUGUGAUGGAAACGGAAAUAGAUUUGAUUCUCAAGUUGAAUGUAGUAAUAGAUGUCAGCGUAGAACAGUAGAAGUAACAACUGCAGCGCCACCACCAAGAAGAACAACAAUAAAGCCUGGUGUAACACGAAGACUUGGUGAUUGUCGUUAUUCUAGAUAUGGUUGCUGUGGUGACGGACAAACACCAGCAUCUGAUUCCUCGCGUUCCAAUUGUUAUGAUGAACCAAAUGUAGUAGAGAGACAAGAGGAUGGUAGUUUUAUAGUUUAUACUAGUGCUGGACGUAAAGUAGAAUUGAAUUGUGAAUUACAACUUACCAACGAAGGAGAAGUUUUAUGGUUUAGGGAACAAUUCCGUAUUAUAGCAGGUCAUAAUUUUAGAGAUUAUAAUAAUGGUACCUUGGUGAUCCAGGCUGUUACUGAAGAAGACAAUGGAGAAUAUAAAUGUCAGAUCGGAGAAGGCAAUGAGGUGCCGAUUGUCCAAAAAUUUGUGGUUCAAGUCAGAACUCCCUUGAAAAUUUUACGCGGACCAAAAAUGAUCGCUGUGAAACCACGACAGAAUGCCUUCCUCCAUUGUCAGGCAAUGGGUAACCCUAAACCAACAGUCACAUGGUAUAAAGAGGGCCGUCAAGUGUUCACUAGAGGGCGCUACAAUGUGUAUAAUAAUGGCACAUUGAUUAUUAUUAAUGCACAAGAUCAAGAUAGAGGUUAUUAUGAAUGCCGAGCAGCCAAUGGCAUUGCAGCGUCUAUGAAAAAACGUAAAAUUAAACUUGAGGUUAGAGAAUCUAUCUCUGUGCGUAUUGAAAGACAUAAAGGCAAGAUCAACCAGGGUGAUAUGUUCACAUUAAAAUGUGAAGUAACUGGUUAUCCCAUACCAGAGGUAACAUGGAAGAAAGAUAUGAGUGAAGUGAUAGAAUCUGACAAUGUUUAUGUACGUGGAAUGGAAUUGAUUGUCAGGAAUUCUACUCUGGAUGAUUCUGGAGUGUAUAGAUGUGUAGCAGAUAAUGGUGUCCAAAAACAAGAAGCAAUUACAACUGUACAGGUCAAAUUAACAGAACCAGAGAACGUUCUAUGUCAAGAUUCGAUUAGUGCCAUGAACUGUAAAUUAAUUAAAGCAGGAAAACUGUGUGGUCAUCGUGUUUUUAGUAAAAUGUGUUGUGGUACCUGUAACAAUAGAGACUUAGUAAGAGGUUGA